AUGCCGGCCGCAUACGGAGGUCCGAUCACCACGUUCGAGGAUGCCGAGAAGGAGAGCGAGUACGGCUACGUUCGCAAGGUAUCUGGGCCAGUGGUUGUUGCCGAUGGAAUGGCAGGAGCUGCUAUGUAUGAAUUAGUUCGUGUUGGACACGACAAUCUGAUUGGAGAAAUCAUUCGGUUAGAAGGAGAUUCUGCUACUAUUCAGGUGUAUGAGGAAACGGCUGGGUUGACGGUGAAUGACCCUGUUCUCAGGACGCACAAGCCUUUGUCAGUUGAACUUGGUCCCGGAAUUUUGGGAAAUAUAUUUGAUGGGAUUCAGAGGCCACUUAAGACAAUUGCUAUAAAAUCUGGUGACGUGUACAUUCCUCGUGGUGUGUCUGUCCCUGCACUUGACAAAGAUACUCUUUGGGAAUUUCAGCCAAAGAAAAUAGGAGAAGGAGAUCUUUUGACAGGUGGUGACUUAUAUGCGACUGUGUUUGAGAACACUUUAGUGCAACAUCAUGUUUCUCUUCCCCCUGAAGCUAUGGGUAAAAUAACCUACAUUGCACCACCGGGCCAAUACUCCUUGAAGGAUACUGUCCUUGAGCUUGAGUUUCAAGGCGUCAAAAAACAAUUUACCAUGCUUCAGACCUGGCCCGUACGUACACCUAGGCCUGUCGCUUCGAAGCUUGCUGCUGACACUCCUCUCUUGACUGGACAGCGUGUACUUGAUGCUUUAUUUCCCUCCGUGCUUGGUGGUACUUGUGCCAUUCCUGGUGCAUUUGGUUGUGGGAAAACCGUUAUCAGCCAGGCACUCUCCAAGUAUUCAAACUCAGACACUGUGGUUUAUGUUGGUUGUGGAGAAAGAGGAAAUGAAAUGGCUGAGGUGCUUAUGGAUUUCCCUCAAUUGACAAUGACCCUGCCUGAUGGUCGUGAGGAAUCUGUCAUGAAACGUACCACACUUGUAGCUAACACCUCCAAUAUGCCAGUGGCUGCUCGUGAGGCUUCAAUUUACACUGGAAUUACCAUAGCUGAAUACUUCAGAGAUAUGGGAUACAAUGUCAGUAUGAUGGCAGAUUCAACCUCCCGUUGGGCAGAGGCAUUGCGUGAAAUUUCUGGUCGACUGGCUGAGAUGCCUGCAGACAGUGGAUAUCCUGCUUAUUUGGCGGCACGUUUAGCAUCGUUCUAUGAGCGCGCUGGGAAAGUUAAAUGUCUUGGUGGACCCGAAAGAACUGGAAGUGUCACUAUCGUCGGUGCAGUUUCUCCUCCAGGAGGAGAUUUUUCUGAUCCCGUUACAUCUGCAACCCUCAGUAUCGUUCAGGUUUUUUGGGGUCUGGACAAGAAACUGGCUCAGAGGAAGCAUUUUCCAUCCGUGAACUGGCUCAUUUCUUACUCAAAUUAUUCAGGGGCACUGGAAUCCUUCUACGAGAAGUUUGAUCCAGAUUUUAUUGACAUCAGGACAAAAGCUCGUGAAGUUUUGCAAAGAGAAGACGAUUUGAAUGAAAUUGUGCAGCUUGUCGGUAAAGAUGCUCUUGCUGAAUCAGAUAAGAUUACCCUGGAAACUGCCAAGCUCUUGAGGGAGGAUUAUCUUGCCCAGAAUGCAUUUACUCCUUAUGAUAAAUUUUGCCCGUUCUACAAGUCAAUUUGGAUGAUGCGCAAUAUCAUUCAUUUCUACAAUUUGGCUAAUCAGGCUGUGGAGCGGGGGGCUGGCAUGGAUGGACAGAAGAUAACGUACACCCUUAUCAAGCAUCGUCUUGGGGAUUUAUUUUACCGUUUAGUUUCUCAGAAGUUUGAGGAUCCGGCUGAAGGAGAAGAUGUCCUGGUUGCCAAAUUUAAGAAGCUUUAUGAUGAUUUGACAGCUGGCUUCCGCAACCUUGAGGAUGAAACUCGAUGA